ACUAUAAGUGUUGCCAUGGCAACAACAGAAGUUGUGAGCUGGCGUCAAGAGGACAAGGAUGUCGGUUUGCGUACAACAGAGCCGAGCAGAGGACUGAUGACAUUCAUAAUCUGUACAAUGAUGUUAACAGCAUUAUGCAUUCUACAGGCAGUGAUGUGGAGGGACUCGUUGCCACAAGUCCCGCCGUAUACAGCAAGACUCCGUCGGCCAAAGCUACAAUUUGGAUCCUUAGCACCAGAUGCAGCAUGGGAAUUUAGACCGGAGGCCAUGGCGAAAGUCAGAACUUCUACAAUGAAACUGCAUCCUGACGUUCAUCUCGUGUUAUAUAAGGUGGGCACUCAAUACAAAAAGGAUAACUGUAACUUUAACAAAGACAUUUCCGAUGUCCACUGCCAGACAGACUACAACACUAAGAUUAGUCACUACAACACGUGUGCUGUGGUUGGCAAUAGCGGCGUGCUUCUGGAAAGUCGCUGUGGUGCUGAGAUUGAUUCCAAGGAUUACGUCGUAAGGAUUGACAUACCCGUAGUAAGAGGAUACGAAAAAGACGUAGGUGAACGAACCAGUAUGACUGUACUGAACCUCAGCACACCGAAACGGUUACAGAGCUCUGCGCGUUUGAAAAAUAGAACCCAGGAUGUGUACGAGAGUCGCUUGAGGAACAUCGGUGGCACUGCCCUGGUCAUGGAUAAAAGGUCUAGAUCUAAUAUGACGAGUUUGGCGAGAAAGUAUCAUCUCUCCUUUUCCUUGUACACUGUCAGGGGGAGAUUAGUACGAGGGAUCAAUCCACUUGCGUCCCGAUUAGCGAGCAGGAAAAUGGGAAGCGGGAUCCCUACCAUUGGAUUGGUGACUGUUCUGAUGGCGACUGCGUUCUGUGACCAUCCUUAUUUGUACGGCUUCUUCCCAUUCCAAAAAGAUGCAAACAAUACACCAAUCCCCUAUCACUAUUACCCGGGAGACUACAUCAAACCUAUCAAACAGAAUGAGGGAGGUCGUCAUAACAUGUCCCGAGAAUAUGACUUCUACAGGAAUCUACAUAAGCAGGGCGUGCUGAAGACGCAAGUCGGUCCAUGCGAGGAGCACACUGCUUUAGCCACCUAUCUUCAUACAUAAGUUUAUGUCUUGCAAAUGUGUUUCUUGCAUACUAAUAUCAUAUUAUGACUAACAGUUGGAUUUAUCUAACAAACUUUUGUGGCUUCGCUUUCUUUUAAGAAUUUAAAACCGCUUAAUGAUAAAUGAUGGGAUUUUCACUUGUGACAUGUGUAAGCUAAUCAAUGGUAUACAUCACAAUGCAUACAUUAUGCAAAUGUUUAAGUUAAUUGCAUAACAUCUAUAUGUACAAAAACUUUAAAUAUUUCAUGGAGGUAUGAACGCCGAACUCUAUCUACAUUAUACACUUAUACAGUUGCGUCUCUGGUAUUCCAGAAGCGAACAUAGGAGCGGACGAAUGAAUGAAUGCAU